CUUUCCCACAACUCGAGUUUCAAAGAAAACCUAAUAAUUACUUAGUCUUGUUAUUCUCUCUUGCGUUGAUCAUUGCAUUUGAUUUCGUGAUGAUGAGUUCUAGAGCUUGUAAGCCUUUUUCUUCCUCUCUUUUGGCAGCUUCAAAAUUGUUACUUAAAUCUUCCUCUCGUGCCCCUCCACUUCAAAUUAGUGCUCUUGUUGGCUCUAUGGUCCCUAAAAUUCAAGGCCCGAAGAACAGUUCUGGUUUCCCUAGAUCAUACAUGUCAGCUACCUUAGCUUCUCUGGCCAAGGAAGAGGAAGUGCCAAGUAAAGCCAUUGAUACACUCAGAGCAGUUGAAGACCAACAUGGGGGUGUAAUUGUGAACAUUGAGGAGCCUAUGAAUUCCUCAGUUUUUGCUUCUUUGCUAGAAGAUUCAAUAUUACAAUGGAGGGAAAAGGGAAAGAAGGGAGUGUGGAUCAAGCUGUCCAGAGAACAUUCAAAUCUUGUGGAUUCUGCAGUUAAGGCUGGAUUCAGAUUCCACCAUGCUGAACCAGAUUACUUGAUGCUUGUGAAUUGGAUUCCCAAUACUCCUGAUACCCUUCCUGCAAAUGCUUCACACCGCGUUGCUGUUGGUGCUUUUGUCAUGAAUGCCAACAGGGAGGUGCUUGUGGUUCAGGAAAGCAAUGGCAGGUUUAGUGGCCAAGGAAUCUGGAAGUUGCCUACUGGAGGCGUUGAUGAAGGUGAAGAUAUUUGUACUGCUGCAGUUAGAGAAGUCAAAGAAGAGACUGGGAUAGAUACACAGUUUGUGGAGGUCAUAGCAUUUAAGGAAAGGCAUAAAUCUUUCUUCCGGAAAUCAGAGUUGUUCUUUGUUUGCAUGUUGCAACCUCAUUCCUUUAAAAUUCAGAGACAAGUUUCAGAAAUUGAGGCAGCUCAGUGGAUGGCAAUUGAGGACUACAUGGCCCAGCCUUUUGUCCGAGAAAAUGAGCUAUUUGACUUUCUUACCAAAAUAGGGUUAUCAAAAUUUGAUGGCAAAUACAAUGGCUUUUCUACCGUACUGUCUAGCACUUCCUCUCGCAAAAAAUCUUACUUUUACUUCAACAACAAGGACGCUGGUCACAUGUUAGCUUGACUUGUUGGCCUCCAUUAAUUCUUAUUUAGCACUCAAUUUAAUUAUUAAGUUUUGUUAGCAUUGUACAUAGAUCUCAACAUCCCCACAAGCUUGAAAUCAUAGGCAUAUUUUCUUCCAAACCGUGUAAGGGGAUAGGGAAAAAACAAGUAAUGUUGUCAAUUUACAAUUUGUUUUCAUUUUAUGAAGUCUUUCAUUCAUAUUCAUAGGAGGAGGACUGGUGAUUUUUUUAUUUUGGUUCUUUAUUACAUCAAAAGUCAAGUGUCAACUGUAGCGUUGUCAUACUUUGGGAUUGUAACAAUUGCUAUUUCAUAGCCCACCAUUAAUUGAAGAAAUAAGAAUUUCUUUAUUUUUUUAUUA